AUGAGUUUGAUAAUCAAAUUAAGGAAGAAUAUCAAUUAAGAGGAACAAAAAUAUAGUCCUAUAACAAAAACAAUUUGCAAACUUAGUAACAUAUAUAUUGAUAUUUUUAUCAGAAUAAAGAGAUACUCAACAUUAAAUUUCAAAUAAAGUUGUUCUUCCUAUUCUAUAAGUUCCAAGACCCCUUUCUACUUUUAUAAAAUCAGCAGUUGAAUUAAAAUUAGCAUUGUCAUGUCCAUAGGAUCGUUGUUUAGGUGGUUUAAGAGAAAAUCCAUGCACAUACAAUUAUAAAGUUUGUAGAGUUGACUAAUAUGCUGACUUAUUCUUUUUUAGCCUAGAACAAUAUGAUAGAGAUUAAUUCUCAAAGUAAUAGGUAUGUUAGCUUAUAAAAAACAUGAAUGAUCAAUAUAGUGAAUAAGCAUUAGAAUGUGUCGAAAAUAGAUUUAAGAUUCUUGACAAUUUUAAAGAUUAAACAUUACUAUCAGAAACUGAAUUACUUGAAUUAGAAAAAAUGGUAUCUCAAUUUCCAUUCUAAUGCACUAUUUAAAAUGUUAAUCAAAUCAAUAGUGUCUUAUCAUAAAGAAUUUUAAAUUAAAAAUUCUUAGAUGUUAUGGGUAUAACAAAAGAUAUGAUGUUUGAUCAUUUAAAGGAAACUUAAGCCUUACCAACCAUUUUCAAUUUGGAUGGAACCUUAAAAAAUUGGUGCGAGCUUGCUAAAUAUUCAGUUGAAGGAAGAGAAUACUUUGAUUUUUAUUUAAAUACUUAUGAAGGAGCAUAAUACAAAUGUAAAGUUGAAUAAAAAUAGAUUUUUAAAUAAUCAUCUAUAGACCCUAAUUAGAUUAUAUUUAUAGAGUUUAGAAUUAUUCAUAUUGAUCCUUCCUCAAUGAAUAAUUUAUAUAGAUAAGAAAGAAUCCUUAAAAAUCAUGCUGAAUACUUCAAUCUUAAGAAUAGUGAUCUGAUUUUAAAUUAAUUUAAAACUCAAACAAACUAUUUGGAUGCAAAAAAUUAUAGAAUAACUAAACCUUGUGGACAUAAAAAAAUUGAUAAAAUUAUUCCAUCUUGA